AAACUACUGUGAGAUCUUUUGAAGGAGAAAACUAAGAUGAGUGAGAAAAUUAUUGGCUAUCAUGAAAACCUGCCUUGUGACUUCUGUCAACGGACUGAUGACUGUCCUGAAAAAUAUGGGGAAAAAAGGACUUAUGAAGAAUUCAAUCUCUCUGUUCAUUAUUACUGUCUAUUAAUGUCAAGUGGGAUUUGGCAGAAGGGUGAAGAAGAAGAAGGUUUCUAUGGAUUUUUAAUUGAAGACAUCCAAAAGGAAAUAAAUCGAGCUGCAAGACUGAAGUGUAAUAUCUGCAAGAAAAAAGGUGCUUCAAUUGGUUGUGUGGCAUCCAAAUGCAAACGGAGCUACCAUUUCCCUUGUGGAAUAGAAAGAAAGUGCAUUUUCCAAUUCAGGGAAAAUUUUCCGUCAUAUUGUUGGAUACAUCGACCCAUUCAAAAAUGUCCCUCAGACUCUAAAGCGUGUUCUCAGUGUACAAUAUGUUUGGAAUUGGUUGAACAUUCAUCAUCAUACACCAUUUUGACAACUCCAUGCUGUAAAAAUGCCUGGUUUCAUAGAGACUGUUUGCAGCGUCAAGCUCUGAGUGCAGGAGUGUUUUUCUUUAGGUGCCCAGUAUGCAACAAUAAAGAGAAAUUUCAGAAUGAAAUGUUGAGAAUGGGUAUCCAUAUUCCAGAAAAAGAUGCCUCCUGGGAACUGGAAGAGAAUGCAUACCAGGACCUUCUUCAGUGUUACCAGCACUGUGAUAUCAGAAUAUGCAUGUGUAAAAAUGGAAGAGACUACAAUGAGCCUGACAGCAAAUGGGAAAUAAAACGCUGUCAGUGUUGUGGUUCUAGCGGAACCCAUUUGGCAUGUUCUUCAUUAACAUGGGAGCAAAACUGGGAAUGCAUGGAAUGUAGAAGCAUCCUUGCUGCAUCAGAGGGUAACUGCCAGAAGUGGCGAAAACGUUCCUUGACUGUGUCAGAAAAAACAGACAUUGGGGACAACUUGCUUGAAGAUCCAUCGCCCAAAUACCCAAGACAGUCUCCUGGGUCCCAUCUUGGCUUCCUAGUCAGGUCUCCAAAGAAGAUGUGCCACAGUGGUUUGACUCAUUGUUCUCCACUGGAUCUUCCCUCUUCUAACAUAUUGAUGUCCCCAACUUCUUUGGUCAGUCCUUCAGUGAGGAAUCUGUCAAUAAGAAAAAUGCAACUUGGAAUGCAAAAAAACGAAGCCUGCACUCUUCUAAGGGAAUUAAGACCACAGAUUAGUACCAAACCAAUCACAUUAAAUAUUAGUAAGCAAAAUAUCUGGGAUAGCACCUUAAAGAGUUUUCGAAAGCGAAACUUCAAUCCUGCCAAUACUAUCGAAGUAAAUUACAUAAACUGCGAAGGUAAAGUUGAGGUGAAUAUCUGCCAUUCAUCAAAGGAAGAUUUUUUCCAGUCACUGAUGCUCCACCUUCAGAACUCGUCACUCUUUGAAGGCGGUUCUUCGAAGAACUUAUCUUUUGAUUCUCAAGCUCUUAAAGAUGGCUUGUACUAUGAAGCUGGAAGAAUGAUCGCUGUUUCUCUGGUUCAUGGAGGCCCAUCUCCUAGUUUCUUCUCUAAAACCUUGUUUAAUUGCCUUGUUUAUGGCGUGGAGAAUGUGAAACCAACAGUGGAAGAUGUUGCUGAUGUGGAUGUUUUGCAGACAAUAAUGAAGAUAAAAUCUGCAAUGAGUGUGAAUGAUUUAGAAUCGGCAAUAAGUGAUUGUAAUGAAUAUCUCAGCACUGUUGGAUGUUUGAAACAUAUAACAGCUCUGUGUGAUAAGGAUAUGUUGGUGGAUGAGAUACUGGAUUACCAUGUCAUCAAGAGAACACUUGCCCCUUUUGAAAGUUUUAAACAAGGUUUGAGAACUCUUGGUGUUUGGGAAAAAAUGCAGAUGAAUCCUGAUGCAUUCUGUAGCAUAUUGUGUCACAAACCUGAGAAACUGUCAGCAAAACUUCUUGGUGACCUCUUUACAAUCCAUUGUUUAUCAGGCCCCUUCAAAGCCAGAAGUCUUGAAUUCUGGAUGGGUUAUUUACAAGAGACAGAAGAUGGUGAAUCAGCAGUAACUCUGGAAGACAUAUUGUUGUUUGCAACUGGCACCUGCAGUAUUCCAGCCAUUGGGUUUGAACCUGAGCCCACAGUUAAGUUCAAGAAUGUAAAAUACUCUGUUGGAAACAGACAUCUUAACUGUUUAGAGCUUCCAAUAACAAGGUCUUAUGAGAAGUUCAAAAGAAUCAUGGAUUUCACCCUCAGAAGUACUUUAAGAUUAGAAUCAGUAAGUCUGCAGUCGAUGUUGAAAAUUGAGUGAUGGAAGGACGCAAGACAAUUGCCAGCUGCUUCUGGAUAACUUGCAUUUAUUCAUACUUCGCAAGUUUACAACUUGACCAUGGAAAUGGAUUGAUUUCAUUCUUUGCAUUUUGAACUUGGUUUCAAAGUGGUGAGCAAACAAAGCUUUUAAA